UCAAAUAUGGCCAGAAAUGUAUAGAAAGUGUGACGAGUUUGGAAACCAUUAAUCAAGAUCUUAAAGACCAACACAAAGUAUGUUGUAUUGCCUGGACUGGUGUCUAUUGUGUCCGAACAUAUCACCUGAAUUAUUGUCAAGACACUGAAUAUGCUGAAUUUGAACAAAAAGCAACCGCUUAUAUCGGAAACAAUUUAAAUAACACGUGUAUCAACGAGGACACAUUUGAUAAAUGGGUUGUUCAGGGUUGCUCAGGACCGAAAUUUAUGAAAGAUU